AUGGCAAAGCGCGAAGUGGUGGUUAUUGGUGCCGGCGUGAUCGGCCUGACGGUAUCAAACCGACUCCAGGAAUCGGGUGCAUUCGACGUAACCAUCGUCGCUGAACACAUCCCGCAACACAAGUCAGUAGGUCAACGCGAGUCCACAGGAUGGGCGUCGCCAUGGGCUGGGGCGCACUGGCGGGCAUGGGCUGGCGAUAAGGACACGCUGCUGCAGGAUAUGGAACAAACCCGUCCAACGGCUUUGUGGUAUGCGACAAAAGUUGAUGAUGUCCAAGAGCUGCGCAAAAGCGAGCUGCCAGAGGGGGUUGCCUAUGGACUAAAAUAUUCGACCCUGCUGAUUAACGUACCACAUUAUUUGAGCUACCUCAAAGCGCAGUUCGAGAGCCUGGGCGGACGUGUCAUCCAAAGUCGUCUAGACCACAUCAGAGAGGCACUACUCUUCGCACAGACUCGUACAGACCCACCACUGGUGAUUAACUGCACGGCGCUGGGCAGCCGCAGCCUCGGCGGCGUCAAUGACCAGAACAUGUACCCGAUCCGUGGACAGACAUUGGUCUUUGGCUAUGUGAUUCCUCGCGGCGAUGGCACAGUAGUCAUCGGUGGCACGGCUGACCGGGGGAGCUGGGAUGCAUCGGCGCAUGACGAAACGACGCAGGCAAUUCUUGAGAAGGCGCUGGCACUCGAGUCCGAUCUUGUUCCGGGAAGCAGCGGGUUGAGCUUCGAGCAGCGGACCGAGCUUCUGCGGCGGAGUAUUGUCUCUGUCAAUGUCGGCUUCCGCCCAGCGCGUGUGGGUGGUGUGAGGCUCGAGGUUGAGGACUUUGGCGGUGCCUUCACUGCCAUUCACUGCUACGGCCAUGCCGGCUUCGGCUACCAGUCUAGUGCUGGCUUUGCCAGGCAAGUCCUUCAGAUCGCCAAUGGACUGACUCGGCCCAGCGAUUGCCCGCGGCUCUAG